ACACCAACAACUACAAAUAAAUAAAUUAACAUUUAUUACUCUUUCUCUUUGGAUUCCAUCUUGUUGGCAUUAUUACUUCUUACAAUUUCUCUUUCUUCUUCAUUCCAAAACAUUGUUGCAAUUGCAAAGUUAUAAACUUUUCUCCAUUUCAGGACAUGGGUGUGUGUUGUUAGUUACCUACCCUCUUUGCUUAAACUACUGAUUCACUCUCAGAAUGAUGAGCAGAACGCUUCUCCUAACAUAUUUUUACUUGUUUAUCUACAUUUUGCUUUCUUCUGCUGUUAUUUUGUACAACAAGUGGGUUCUCUCUCCAAAGUACUUUAACUUUCCACUUCCUAUCACACUCACCAUGAUUCAUAUGGUUUUUUCUGGAGCUGUAGCAUUUUUUCUUGUCAGGGUCUUUAAGGUUGUAUCUCCUGUCAAAAUGACAUUUGAAAUAUAUGCAACUUGUGUGAUACCAAUAAGUGCAUUCUUUGCAUCAAGUCUAUGGUUCGGUAACACGGCUUAUUUGCAUAUUUCUGUGGCUUUUAUCCAAAUGCUUAAAGCUCUGAUGGCAACAUUCCUUGUUGCGGUUUUAUGCGGCAUUGACAAAGCAAGGUGUGAUGUGUUCUUCAACAUGCUGCUAGUUAGUGUUGGAGUUGUCAUUUCCUCCUAUGGGGAAAUUCAUUUUAAUAUAGUUGGUACAGUUUACCAGGUCACAGGCAUCUUUGCAGAAGCUUUUCGACUCGUCUUAACACAAGUCCUUUUACAGAAGAAGGGCUUGAGUUUAAAUCCCAUUACAAGCUUAUAUUACAUAGCUCCAUGCAGUUUUGUGUUUCUCUUUGUGCCUUGGUAUCUUUUGGAAAAGCCUAUGAUGGAAGUUUCACAGAUUCAGUUCAACUUUUGGAUCUUUUUUUCAAAUGCUCUGUGUGCAUUAGCCUUGAAUUUUUCAAUUUUUUUAGUGAUUGGCAGAACUGGUGCUGUAACCGUCCGGGUCGCCGGUGUGCUUAAAGACUGGAUAUUAAUAGCACUUUCAACAGUUAUAUUUCCAGAGUCUACAAUAACUGGACUGAAUAUAAUUGGCUAUGGUAUUGCACUAUGUGGAGUUGUGAUGUACAAUUACAUAAAGGUCAAGGAUGUUCGAGCCUCUCAAUCGAUGGCUGAAAGUAUUCCUGAUCGAAUCACAAAGGACUGGAAAUUUGAGAAGAAGUCAUCUGAUACUUAUGUGCCGGAUAAUGUUGGCAACAAUGGGGGAAGCAGUGGUGGCAAUGGUUCUACCUUUGGUAUGAAUAUUGAUGAAGAAACGCCACUAAUUUCUUCAAGGUUAUCGCAUAUUGGACGCACGGUGCUAACCAACCAUGCAACAGGAAAAUGAUAAACCAAAUACAGGAUUCAUUUUAUGUCUUACCCCUUUUUGAAAGAGAACAAGAGGAAAUUGUGUCAAAUGUACCAUAUUCCUCUCAUUCUUUUUAGAUUGUAUGUAUGCUUUUACUUUUUAAUGAAA